AUGACUCCCCACCUGCCUUUUAAGCUCAUUAUGCGCCAGCUUUCUUCACUCCUCCUCCCCCUCCUCCUCCCCCUCCUCCUCAGCGUAUCUCCCGCAACGGCUGAGCAACAACGACCGGUUGCGCGCUUGGAUUACGGCACCUUCGAGGGCGCGUACUCGGCAGCAUACAACGUGAACUACUGGCGCAAGAUCCCCUUUGCCGCACCGCCCGUGGGGGAGAACCGAUUCCGUGCGCCGCAGCCUCCCGUGCCCGUCGUCAACGGGACGUACGACUCGGACCAGCCGUUUGACUUGUGCGUCCAGAGAACCGUCAACGGCUCAGAGGACUGCCUCUUCCUCGGCCUGUACUCCCGGCCCUGGAAGGCGCCAGAAAGCCUCCGCCCAGUCGUGAUCUUCUUCCACGGCGGCGGGUUCAUUCGCGGCGGGGGGCCCUUCGAGAUGCCACCGGGCGGCUACCCAACGCUCAACGUCUCGCACAGCACCAAUCUCCUCUUCAUCUACCCGAACUACCGUGUCAACGCAUUCGGCUUCCUCCCCGGCGCCGAGAUGGCCGCCUCUCCGACCACAGACCUGAAUGUCGGCCUGCUCGACCAGCACGCCGUGCUGCGCUGGACCAGCAGGUACAUCCGCCAGUUCGGGGGGGAUCCUGACGACGUCACCAUCUGGGGCCAGUCAGCCGGCGCGGGCAGCGUGGUCGCGCAAGCGAUCGCCAACGGGCGAGGCGGCAGGCCGAAGCUGUUCCGGGCGGCGGUGGCGAGCUCGCCGUUCUGGAGCAAGACGUAUCGCGGCGAUGGGCCGGAGUCCCAGCGUGUGUACGACACGUUUGCGGAACAGAGCGGGUGCGCUGGGCCCGAGAGCCUGCGGUGUUUGAAGGGGGCCGACGUCCAGGUCUUGAGGGACGCGGCGGCGGUGGUGCAGAAGAUGCACCAGUACGACACGAUGAGCUUUACGUUUGGGCCGGUGAUUGAUGGGGAGUUCUUGGAUCGGCCGCUGAGUGAGGCUGCCGGGAAGGGAGAUCUGGAUGUCGAGGUCGGCUAUGGCGUGUAUAACACUCAUGAAGGCGAGAACUUUGUACCGCCUGGAUUCCUGAGUGCGACUAGCAUCGGGACACCGGCUUUCAACUCGAGCACGGCUUCGUUCGACGAGUGGUUGAGGGGAUACCUGCCCGGUCUAUCGAGCUAUAAUAUCCAGCGUGUGAAAGCGCUGUAUCCGGCCACGGGCUCGGCGAAAAAUAUACCGAUUUACAACACCUCGUAUGUCAGAGCUGGACUUGUAUACCGAGACACCGUCCUUGCAUGUCCGGCGUACUGGAUGGCGAGCGCAGCGAAACAGAAGAGCUAUGUGGCGGAAUACACAAUUCUCCCUGCGACGCAUGGUAGCGAUGUACAAUACUGGAGCUCGGUCAACGCCGUACAAAAGACCCAGCCGCUCAUCUACGAAGGCUUCACCGGGGCAUUCGCAUCCCUGUUCCAGACGGGAGAUCCGAAUGAGAACAAGCUUACAAACGCGACCCAGCCAGGCGUUCCCGAUCUUUGGCAGACGGGGAAGCAGUUCGUGAUACGGAGCGAUGGAUUGGGGAAUCAGGGCAUCGAUGAUGAGCUGGCUGUACGAUGUGCAUUCUGGAGGGAAGUGGCUGCACAGGUGCCAAUGUAA